GCUAUAGCCUGUAGCUUUAACAUACAUAGUGUCGUAGAUGAUGGAGGCACCAAAGAUGGGAGCAGCGGGCGCCAUUGCCAUGCUGGUGGCGGCGGUGCUAGCCGCGGCGACGUCGUCGAUGGCGCAGAACUCACCGCAGGACUUCGUUGAGCUCCACAACGUGGCGCGCAGCGUGGAGGGCUUGGGCGACGUGGUCUGGGACGAGGCCGUGGCGGCGUACGCGGAGAGCUACGCGGCGGAGCGCGCCGGCGACUGCGCGCUGAUCCACUCGGGGAGCUGGGAGAAGGCCGGGUAUGGCGAGAACCUGUUCGGCGGGCCUGGCGGCGAGUGGACGGCGGCGGACGCGGUGAACUCGUGGGUGGGGGAGAAGGAGCUGUACGACUAUGACAGCAACAGUUGCCUGGGGUCGUGGGACUCGUGCCUGCACUACACGCAGGUGGUGUGGCGCGACUCUACGGCGAUUGGCUGCGCCCGCGUCGUCUGCGACAACGACGCCGGCGUCUUCAUCACCUGCAACUACAACCCCGCGGGCAACGUCCAGGGAGAGCGCCCCUUCGAGCGUGCCUUAACACUCUCUGCUUAAUUAAUUCAAAUUAACGCAGCCCUGUGUGUCUAUAUAUAUAUGUGUGUGUGAGCACACACGCAUAUAUAGUUUAUGGAAUAAGCCAUGAUCGAUGAUCGAUCUACGUUGUUCGUACGUAUUCCGUAUAAAGAAGGAAAUAAAUGAGAAAAUUUCGCUGGAUGGAUGUGUAUGUCAAUUAAAUUUGCUAGGAUUAUAUUUGUUGGAAAAUACUAACAUCUCUAUUAUAUUA